CUCGGGCAAGUACUACACACCAACCCACGGGGCUCAUCUCGAGCCACCGCCGCGCCGCUUAUUCCCGCCGCCGACAACUGCGCGAUCCCGAUCUCAUAGAGUACAGGGACGAUUGACUGAAAGGAGCGCAAAGGUGUCAUCACACAGUACAGUAGUGCAUGAACAUGGAAGACGGGGACAAGGCAGUGGAACAGUCGCCGCGAGGAAUCUACAUCCGAUUUGACAAGCGUCUCGGGACUGGGGCGUACAAGACCGUGUACAAGGCGUACGAUGUCGAUCAAGGGAUCGACGUCGCAUGGAACGCGAUCGACAUUGGCGCGCUCCCCCACGGCGAGAAAGCGCGCAUCAUCCAGGAAGUCGAACUUCUCAAGAAGCUCGAACACAAGAACAUCAUCAACUUUUACGGGUCGUGGUUCGCGAAGGAGAAGAACCAGGUGGUGUUCAUCACGGAGAUCAUGACGGCGGGGUCGCUCAAGUCGUACAUCAAACGCGUGCACUUUGUAAAGUGGAAGAUCAUCAAGCGAUGGUGUCUGCAGAUCUUGGAAGGAUUGCAUUAUUUACACAGCCAGCAUCCGCCCGUGAUCCACCGCGACUUGAAGUGCGACAACAUCUUCAUCAACGGCAACACGGGCGACCUCCGCAUCGGCGACCUCGGUUUGUCCACGCAAAUGGCGGUCGAGAAGCCUCGCGCGCAGAGCGUGCUGGGGACGCCCGAGUUUAUGGCGCCCGAAUUGUACGACGAAAACUACGACGAGAAGGUCGACAUUUAUGCGUUUGGGAUGUGCGUGCUGGAGAUGGUCACCAAGGACGUGCCGUAUUCCGAGUGCCACAACCCCGCGCAGAUUUACAAAAAAGUCAUGGCGGGUAUCCGUCCACAAGGCCUCGCGCGCAUCAAGAGCAACGCCGCGAAGGAGUUUAUCGAGCUCUGUCUGUCGCGAGGCGAUGGCCACGUCGACGUGACCGCUACGUACCUCAUGGGCCACCCGUUCUUGCAAGCAUCUUCGGACGACGAUCAAAUGGUGGAAUGCGUGGAAGAGCACAGUCCGACGCCGCCGCUAUCACCGGCCCACAAAUCGCUCAAGGGGUUCGACCUCGAAGAAUCCAACGCGGCGUUGGCAGCGGCUCGAUUGGACGCGCGACGGGACGUCCGGCGGCACUCGUCGCCGCCAGUGCCGCAUCACGAUCUCGUUCCGAAUGGAGGCGGCCAAGUAAUCCGAAUACCCGUGGACACGAGUCCAUCUGAUUUGGACAACCUUCCGCGAAGCAAUUCGCUCGUGUUUACCAACCGACCGACCACCGACGCACCGCUGUCGGCAGGGGCGAUCGCGGCUAACGACAAGGCGGCGGAUGCGAUCUUGGCGUCGAUGCGAGACACCGAGAUGAACCACGACUCGCGCAAAUCCGUCAUGGACGGCCGCAACAACAAGCUCUCGGACGACAAAAAGUUCAACGUGCCGCCGCAACCCCCCACGAAGCUCCUCCCCCCGCAACCCUCCCCUCCCCCGUCGUCGGACGCGAUCUCGAGGCGAAAGGGAAGCGUGUCGGACGGCUCCGUCCCGCCAUCGCCGCCGACGUCCAACAACCCCCUGACGCAGUUGCCGCCCAUGGUACCGACGCUGUCCAAGAAGUCGUCGAGCGGGGAGAAUGCGCCAACUCGAACAAACGUCGGCGCUGGUACGGGCCUCUUGCAACAGCAAUUACAACAAUAUCAACAACAGCAACAGCCCGCAACAGCCGCCGCCGCCGCUCCUGCGAAUCGAAAGGUGGGCCGGCGACACGAAAUUCGAGCCACCAAAGACCCGUCGGCCCCGCACAGCAUUCUCCUGAGCAUGCGUCUCACGCUAAACGGCAAAUCCAAGGAGAUCAAGUUUCCGUUCAACGUGUUUACGGAUUCGCCGCACGAGAUUGCAUGUGAACUGGCCGAAGACGUGGGCAUUAUGGAGCCGGACGUGGGGGACAUUGCUGACUCGAUCGGGUUCUUGGCGAUUGAAGGCAAGCUCGCCAACUUGCCCGAUGUGGACGUGGAUGUAUGGGAAGAAGCUCCCGAGCCGCACUCGUUCUCGUCCAAGCCGUUGCCGCACGUGUCCAAAAUGAACUUGGUGCCGUACUUGACGACACCGUUGGAACUCGACUUUUACGACGACACUGGGUCGCUGACCGCGUCGAUGCUGUCCAACAACUCCUCGUCGAGGGAUUCGUACCAUCUGGGGGGGGGAAUGGGAUUGGACGACGUGACCUUGUCGUCUGGCCCCAACUCGCUGUCCAAGCAGUCGUCGUCAUUUCCGGACGACUUGGGGGGGGAAUGGAACGUUGGAUCUACCCCCAUGAGCGGCGGCAGCAGCAGUGGAAGUACUGUGGCGGCGGCGCCACUGUCGUCGUCCCCACCGCCGCCGCUCGUUCGAGAAGCGUUGUAUAUCGGCCAUGCCGCCGUCGGUAGUGGGAAUGCCGGACACCACAUUGACCAGACCCUCCACGACGAAGAAUGGCAACACGCCAAGGAAAUGGAAAAACACGACCAAGAAAUGGAAAAGUACCUCAAGAAAAUCGAAGAACUCAAACUCAAACGGGAACUCCAGAUCAACAAGAUGCAGCAACUCCACAGCGACGGCGACUCGUCGGACCCACUCUUGGCUGCCCCCGCGACAGCAGCGGCGGCAGACCUCCUUCCUCCACCCUGGCUCGGCAGCCCGUCGGCAAUUCCAGAAGCGCUGAGGAAACCCUUCCCAGUGCAUCCAUCUGUGCCGCCUGUGGUGAGCUCCGCCACCAGGCCCGUCCAGCCAUAACCCGUGAAUGUGCCUUGAUCAUCAAUAAUAGCUAGUUUACUAGCAAGCGGCCAAAUAUAUCGUUGUCGUUGGCUAUUGUUUCA